AUGAAAAGAACAGAAAAGCGUUCAGAUGCCCCAUUAGACGCAACUGCGACGCAGUCAGUUAUAUCAGCAGACUCUACAGUUUCUUCACUAUUAGUAAAUGAAACCAUUCCUCCUAUCAAUCUAGCGAUGAGUGAAUCGUCUGUUGAUAGGCGGAGUUCCCCACAUAAUCGUAGUGUGACAAUUCCUCCGGAUAGAAUUAUUCCCUAUGAUACAGAUGAGAGAGAUGUCACUCUGCGAAAUACACCGCAGGGCAACUUGGCACAUUCCUCACCACAUCCUCUAAUGACGUUGAGAGCGGAGUCGGAUAGUACGGAAAUGGAUAUUAAUAAGCCUCGAAGAAGAGGUUAUCUCUUCAAAGAGAGUAGUGUAGAAAGGCAUGCGGAUAGGGUUAGUCAGGAACAACAACAACGUGAAAACUUACAACGUUUCUUUAAAGUUAUUUCCACACAAGAUAUGGAUGCCUCUCCCACUUCCACACAGAAUGUACGGGAGGAACCUAUGUCGGUUCAACGUCGAUUAUCGGAUAAUUCUUCUCCUCGCUCCUGCUUUAACCCACAUUCCCCGAUCACCUCUAAUAUCGUUCCUCACACUCCUUCCCCUGCUGCCUCUCUGAAUGCCACGCCCUUAUCGGCGUUGGUUCCCACUGCUGGUGUGGAGUUUUCCUCAUCACCGACGGUGUUGGAUUUAUUCUGCCGUCCAACAUCUCGAAGCUCUGGCACUCGUGCCGUCGCAACGAUGACACAAGGAGGAGAUAUUAGAGAUGAUUUGGAUAUCAACAACGCAGAGUUUACAGUAUUAGAUUAUACUUUGCAUAGACCAAAGCCAAACAUUCGAGCACAUUCGUUAAAGCUACAGUUUCUUGGAUUUGUUAUAAUAGCUACGAUGUUGCCAUUUCUUCUUAUUGUUCUGCUUUUUGGAAUGCAUUAUUGGGCUACGACGAGGUUGAUCACAUCUACAAAUGAUUUUCUCAUCACGACUCUUACAGUUGGAAGUACUUGUGGGGAUAAGGUUUCUGAACUCUCAGAAAAUAAGUUUGGAUCUUUGACUAAAGAAGCCUUUACACUUAUGAUAGGCAUUAUAUUAGCCUUUUUUAUACUUAUCCUAGGAGGUAUAAUUUUUUUCUUGGUGGUACAUUGGCGUUAUGUAUUUUCACCUUACAUAAAAGUUCUUGCCUUUAUACGAAGUGCAGCUCCAAUACUUUCUAGAAUUGAAGCAAUCACACCUGAAGAAUUAGAAAAGGCCCCUAAACCUCUAAAAUUUCCUUUUUGUUGGCGAAAUAAUGAGAAAGCAUCUGUGAUUACUCAAUUAGCUGAUAAAAUAGUGACUUUAGGUAAUUCCUUAGAGGAGUUAAAACGUUAUGUUCCUCAUACAGAGCGAAGUGAUUUUGUUAAUAGUAUCAUGAGAACGCAAAGACGUGAAGGUGCAGUAUCUAUUCAUGUGAAUGAAGUACAUAGCGAUAUUCUUUCACAGCGCUCACGACGUACUCGUGAAUUCCCAUCAGGACCUUCUUCUCCACGUAAUGAUGCUAUUUCUGUAACUUUAACUCCUCUUAAUCCACUCAUAGCCGAUGGUAAUAGUGGUGACAACAUUAGUGGCAGUAAUGCUCUUAAUAAUAUGCGAAAAGAAACGUUAACUCUCCCUGGUAAAAGUCCAUCACACGAUGGUUUAGUAAACUUGGCUGAAACACAUACAACAGGGUUAGAAGAUGUAGAGAAUGUCAGUACACCUUCACGGCGAAGAGUUGUAUUCACUUCUGGACGAAUGUCACCUAAUUUGGGUGGUUCUUUUAACUCUGCUAUUACUGUAUCGGGUGAACAUGGUCGUCCUAUAAGAAGUAAUGGAAAUAAAGAUCAAAAUUUUUCAGAAGUUGGUGAAACUAAAAGUAUGGCUGUAAAUGAUUUUGGAUAUAGUGUACACCAAGUAACAUUUUUAGUUUGUCGUUUAUUUUUACCCAAAAUAGGUUCAAAUUCAGAUGGAAGAUCAAAACAACGUACUAUAAAGGAGAUACAAGAAAUGUCUAAACGUUUUUUCUCAGUUGUUCUUCGAAUAACACGAGAAGAAAAUGGUGUUCCUUUUGAUAUUCGUUUGGAUUCUGUUAUUAUAACCUUUCACACACCUUCAGGUCCAAACUCUGUUAAUCUUAUACAUCCAAGUAGUUGUGCAUUUCGAAUAGUCUCAGAAUUAGCUUUAUUAGAAUUACAGUGGUCUAAAAAAUCAUCCACUCCAUUUGUUUGGGCUAUUACAAUGCAUUUGGGAAAGUUUGUUAUUGGUCUUUGUACAACAGGAUGUCGUAACUUCAGAGUAUUAUAUAGUGAAGAAAUUAAACUUGCCUAUCGUGUAGCCGAACUCUGUCAUGUUUUUAAUACACCUUUUCUAAUGUUUCAACCAUGUUAUAAUGUAUUUCGUAUUUGUAUGUUAGCCGUACCAGUAGACGUUAUUCAAAAAGAUACACAUCAGGGUAAAGGUUGUAUGUAUCUAUAUAGUCCUAAAUCUUUUGGAGAUGAGGAGGAAGUAAAUAAAAAACGUGCUCGUUAUGCUCCUAUCAUGGAAGCUUUUGGUUUAAUGUGUGAGAAAAAUUUUACAGAAGCUUCUAAGAAAUUUGAAGGACUUUUGGAUUUGGAUAAUAGUGUGAGUAGAUUACAUCGUCUUUGUGUGUAUUUUGCACGUCUUCAAAAGGAGGGAAAACUUGAUAAUGUUCUUCCAAGUGUUGGUCGAUACUCCCGUGAGGAACCAAAAUGGACUUCUGUAGAAUCAGUUGCCAAGGAAUUCCUACAAAAAUACGAAGAACAACAACAACAACAACAACAACAACAACAACAACAAGAUAUAGGUGAGGAAUCUCAAAAUUCUUCUCAUACCCAUACUUACCUUGAAGGAGAUGAGAUUAGUUUAAUAAGGAGUGACAUCACAGAUGAAACACGAUCGGGUGUUACUCCCGCAUUGUCUGGAGUAACGUAUGCGAUGGGAGUUCCUCAUGGUGAUCAUUUAAUGCUCCCCGCAUUUAGUAUUACGAUGCCGCCUUCUCUCACUACACAAGGAAGUUGUUAUGGUGCUGAUGUGGAUAUCACAACUCCACCAAUGCCACAAAUAACAUCUUUAUAUGAGGAAAAUAUGGAUUUACGAGAAGUUAAUAUUCGACAAUCUCUUCGAGGAAUGCAUACACCUGCUCUUUUCUCAGAGCUCGGAACUGAAACUGGAAGUGAAGUGAGUUUUCGACGAGGUACUGAAGUAAAUGAUGAUGUCUUUGGAAGUCGGCAUGCUGAAGAAGAUGAAGGAAGUGUUGCUAGUGCUGCUAUUGGUGGUGGUAGUGGAAGUUUAGAUUUUGAUUUAUAUGAACCUAUUGGACAGGGAACUUUUGGUACAAUUUAUAGAGGUAUAUUACGUGAUGGUACAUUUGUGGCUGUUAAGAAGUUAAAUAUUCCGGAUAAAGAAAAAGAAAAUCCAUGUAUUCAAUCUUCACGAUCUGAAGUUGAAAUGUUAUCUGGUUUACGUCAUGAAAAUAUUGUUCGUUAUAUUGGAAGUGGAUUUAAGUAUGGAUCAUUCUGUAUUAUUACAGAAUUAGUUCCUGGAGGUUCUCUUGCGAAACUUGUAAAUACCUUUCGUUCACUUCCACUUGAUACUAUUAGAAUUUAUACGGGUAAUAUUCUUCUUGGUCUUCAAUACUUGCAUGAGCGACAAAUUGUUCAUCGAGAUAUAUCUCCAAAUAAUGUUCUUAUAAGUAUAGAUGGUGUGUGUAAAUUAAGUGAUUUUGGAGGGGCGGUAGAGUGUGCAAUGCAAUCUGCUGGUUUGGCUUCUGAUAUGCCAUUAAGUGAUCCUAAUAUGAGUAUUAUAGGAGAAAAGACAAUGAUGGUGUCCGUCGGUCGUGAAAGAUUCUCAUCCACAGGAACGGUUUUACAUAAAGAUUGCUUUGGAACUCCUGCUUGUAUGUCACCAGAGGCCUGUUCAGGUAUAGUGGAUCCAAAGAAUGAUAUUUGGUCUUUAGGCAUCACAUUAUACUUUUGUUUCUCUGGUCGUUAUCCAUGGCCAAAGGCAGAGAUGAAAGAUCCAGUCUCGUUGAUAAAGAAAAUUCGAGAUGGUUCUCUUGUACCUGAUAUAGCCUGGGACAAGAUGGAUCCACAGGCUGCAGAUUUUAUUAAUCUUUGUUUAAAAAGAAACGCAAGUGAACGUCCAACGGCUACAGAGCUUAUGUUUCACGCUUUUAUCGUGGAUUAA